CAGCAAGUUUCCGUCAUCACCACCACGACCCAAACCCCACAAUCUCCCUUUAUUCUUCAAACCACGCACGACUGUCACCUGCGAUAACGAAACAUUCCUACCACGAGCUCGAAACCUAGGCAGCCGGCGCAGUCAUGGCAGCGAGCAUCGAAGCAUCGCCGCCAGCGCCUCCAGUGCCGUCGAAACACGCCCCAAACGAGGCGCAUACCCCGAGCUGUCCGUCGUGCGGCAGUAGCAUAGAUAUGGCCGAGCUGCAAGACGCGAGGCAAAGGAUAGAGGAGCUCGAAGCGCAAAUGGAGCGCCUGAAGGAGAAGGCAACAGCAGCUGUCGACAGAUGCGCCGACUACGAAGACCAAAUCCGCAGCCUCCAAGCGACACAAAACGCCCCUAAACUGCCCCGGACCCAAACCUCACAAUCCGAUAUUGUCAACGCAUCCUCACGCCCCUCCGUCGACGCCGAUCCCCCACGUCCCACAACCGCCAACUCCACAAAGGCCUCCCGCUUCUCCUUCAUCACGAGCCGCUUCCCAUCGCCAGCGAAUACAGGCGGCAUGCCUCCGCCUCCACCGCCAAAAGACCCAUCCCACGCUCCACCGGUCGACUACACCCUCCUCAACGAACUCGAGCGCGAGCGUGCCCUACGCGCCAAGGCAGAAGCACGCGUGCAGACUGUAGAUUCUGAGAUUGAAGAACUGAGCGUGCAAUUGUUUAGCCAGGCCAACGAGAUGGUAGCGGAAGAGCGACGGGCAAGAGCUAAGCUGGAAGAAAGAGUAGAGACUUUGGAACGCAGGGACAGGGAGAAGAUGGGCAGGUUGGAUCGCUUGGAGAAGGCUGUGACGAGAGUGGAGAGAGUCAAGGCGUUGCUGGGUGAGAAGGAAGAUCUGAAGAGAGAAUCGGUUAGUAGCGGAUUGUUGUCACCACCGGCUAGGAGGUGAUGAGAUGCGCGGUAUUGUUUCUUGUUGCUGUUCUUCCGUGUCAUUUGUUACGAUACCCAUUUUCUUUUGAUCUACUACAUUUUAGCGUAGCGUUUGGCAUGGCUGGUAUUAGAGUGGGUGCAUUCUUCGGUGUUGGGGAUUGGUAUCGGUAUCUGGAGGAGUGGAUUGUCCUGUAGGAAAAGCGAAGGGCAUAGCCUGCAUGGAUCAUACAACAUGGUAAUCUGCAUUAGCCAUACAACAUCAUAUUCUGUAAGCUCUGUGUGACAAAAUGCAAGCGCUUCUUACUUCA